GCCGCCCCGCAGGAGGCAGCAUGGUGAGAGCCGCGACGCCCAGGCCCGAGGAGCGCGUCCCCGCGUGAACGCAGCCAAGCUGGAGCCCAAGGCCCGGGGUCCCGACUCGCAGCAGCGGGCCGCCGGCACCGACCAUGAGCCGCCUGCUCUGGAGGAGGGUGUCGGGCGCCCCGGCCCCGGCCCCGGCCCCGGCCCGCUCGGCCUCCGCCUCCGCGUCCGCCUGCGGCCCCGACCCCAGCGCCGAGCCGCCGCGGCUCAACCCGCUGCGCAUCCAGAUGCUGUCGCGGGGGCUGCACGAGCAGAUCUUCGGGCCCGGCGCGGAGGAGCCCGGCCCGGCCGCGGUGCGCCGCAGCGUCGAGCACCUGCGCCGCCACGGGCUCUGGGGGCAGCCCGCCCCGCCGCUGCCCGACGUGCCGCUGCGCCUGCCGCCGCUCUACGGGGGCGACCUGGACCGCCACUUCCGCCGCCUGGCGCAGGCGCAGAGCCUCCCCUACCUGCGGGCCGCGCGCGCGCUGCUGCGGGCGCCGCCGCCCCCCCGGCCGCCGCGCUGGGCCUGGGCGGAGGGCUGGACGCGGUACGGCCGCGCGGGGGAGGCCGAACCCGUGGCCACCCCCGAGGAGCGGGCCCUGGUGUUCGACGUGGAGGUCUGCCUGGCAGAGGGCACCUGCCCCACGCUGGCGGUGGCCCUGUCGCCCUCGGCCUGGUAUUCCUGGUGCAGCCGGCGGCUGGUGGAAGAGCGCUACUCGUGGACCAGCCAGCUGUCGCCGGCUGACCUCAUUCCCCUGGAAGCCUCUGGGGACAGGCCGGAGCAGCUGGUGGUGGGGCACAACGUGUGCUUUGACCGAGCCCACAUCCAGGAGCAGUACCUGAUUCAGGGCUCGCGCACGCGCUUCCUGGACACCAUGAGCAUGCACAUGGCCAUCUCGGGGCUGAGCAGCUUCCAGCGCAGUCUGUGGAUGGCAGCCAAGCAGGGCAGACGCCAGGCCCAGCGCCCCACACAGUGUAGGCAGAAGUCCCAGGGCAGAGCCCCUGGCCCGGAGAUCUCCUCCUGGGACUGGCUGGACAUCAGCAGCGCCAACAACCUGGCGGACGUGCAUGGCCUCUACGUGGGGGGGCCGGCCCUGGAGAAGGAGCCCCGCGAGCUGUUUGUCAAAGGGAGCAUGAGAGACAUCCGCGACAACUUCCAGGAGCUGAUGCGGUACUGUGCCCAGGAUGUGUGGGCCACCUAUGAGGUCUUCCAGCAGCAGCUUCCGCUCUUCUUGGAAAGGUGCCCCCACCCCGUGACUCUGGCUGGUAUGCUGGAGAUGGGUGUUUCCUACCUGCCCGUGAACCACAACUGGGAGCGUUACCUGGAGGAGGCCCAGAGCACCUACGAGGAGCUCCAGCGGGAGAUGAAGAAGACGCUCAUGGACCUGGCCAACAACGCCUGCCAGCUGCUCUCGGGAGAGAGGUACAAGGAUGACCCCUGGCUCUGGGACCUGGAGUGGGAUCUGCAGGAGUUCAGGCAGAAGAAGGUGAAGAGGAAGAAGCCAGCCGCAGCCAGCCAGCUGCCUGUUGAGGGGGCCGAAGUUCCCGGGGACCCUGAGGAAGACCGCGGCCCUCCCAGCGAGGAGGAGGAAGUGCAGCAGGCCGCCUCCGCCCGCGCCUGCCUGGAGCAGCUGAAGAGGACCGCGGAGCUCCUGCCCAAGCGCCCCCAGCACCUCCCAGGACACCCAGGGUGGUACAGGAAGCUCUGCCCCCGGCUCGAGGACCCCGAGUGGGUGCCAGGCCCCAGCCUCCUCAGCCUGCAGAUGCGGAUCACACCCAAGCUCAUGGCACUGACUUGGGAUGGCUUCCCUCUGCACUACUCAACGCGGCAUGGCUGGGGCUACCUGGUGCCUGGGCGGCAGGACAACCUGCCUCAGCAGUCAGCGGGCCCUGCCAAGUUGUCGGCUGAGGUGCCCUGUCCCUACAGGGCCAUCGCGUCCCUGUACAAGCAGCACUGUCUUGAGCAGCGGCAGCAGUGGCCCGAGCCACGGGAGGCCGGCCUGGCUGAGGAGUUCCUGCUUUCUGACAGCAGCGCCAUGUGGCAGAUGGUGGAAGAACUGGGCUUCCUGGAAGUAGAGGCCGAAGCUGGGGAGGAACACGUGCUAACUCUGACUGCCACUGGUGGCCCUAGAGCCAGCCAGCCAGCCUUUCACCAUGGCAAUGGACCUUACAACGACGUGGAUGUCCCCGGCUGCUGGUUCUUCAAGCUGCCUCACAAGGAUGGUAACAGCUACAACGUGGGCAGCCCCUUUGCCAAAGACUUUCUGCCCAAGAUGGAGGAUGGCACCCUGCAAGCUGGCCCAGGAGGUGCAAGCGGACCCCGUGCCUUGGAAAUCAAUAAGAUGAUCUCCUUCUGGAGGAAUGCCCACAAGCGGAUCAGCUCACAGAUGGUAGUGUGGCUGCCCAAGUCAGCUCUGCCCCGUGCUGUGACCAGGCACCCCAACUUUGACGAGGAGGGCCGCUACGGGGCUGUCCUGCCCCAGGUGGUGACUGCUGGCACCAUCACCCGGCGGGCUGUGGAGCCCACAUGGCUCACUGCCAGCAAUGCCCGGCCCGACAGGGUGGGCAGUGAGCUGAAGGCCAUGGUACAGGCCCCGCCCGGCUAUGUGCUGGUGGGAGCUGACGUGGACUCUCAGGAGCUGUGGAUCGCCGCAGUGCUCGGGGAUGCACACUUCGCCGGCAUGCACGGCUGCACUGCCUUUGGCUGGAUGACACUGCAGGGCAGGAAGAGCAAGGGCACAGACCUGCAUAGCAAGACUGCCGCCACGGUGGGCAUCAGCCGUGAGCACGCCAAAGUCUUCAACUAUGGACGCAUCUACGGGGCUGGGCAGCCCUUCGCCGAGCGCCUGCUCCUACAGUUUAACCACCGGCUCACACGGGAGGAGGCGGCCAAGAAGGCCCAGCAGAUGUAUGCUUUCACCAAAGGCCUACGCAGGUAUCGCCUGUCGGAAGAGGGUGAAUGGCUGGUGAGGAGUUUGGGCCUUCAUGUGGAUCAGACCGAAGAUGGCUGGGUUUCCCUGCAGGAUCUGCGCAAAAUCCAGAAAGAAGCUUCCAGGAGGUCACGAAAAAAGAAGUGGCCGCUGGUUGCUGAGCGAGCGUGGGUGGGGGGCACCGAAUCAGAGAUGUUCAAUAAGCUGGAGAGCAUCGCCACAUCUGACACACCUCGGACCCCAGUGCUGGGCUGCCGCAUCAGCAGAGCCCUGGAGCCUGCGGCUGUGCAAGGAGAGUUUAUGACCAGUCGAGUGAACUGGGUGGUGCAGAGCUCUGCGGUGGACUACCUGCACCUCAUGCUGGUGGCCAUGAGGUGGCUCUUUGAAGAGUUUGCCAUCGACGGGCGUUUCUGCAUCAGCAUCCACGAUGAGGUCCGCUACCUGGUGCGGGAGGAAGACCGCUACCGCGCUGCCCUGGCCCUGCAGAUCAGCAACCUCCUCACCAGGUGCAUGUUUGCCUACAAGCUGGGUCUGAAUGAUCUUCCCCAGUCGGUCGCCUUUUUCAGUACAGUAGACAUCGACCAGUGCCUCAGGAAGGAAGUGACCAUGGAUUGUAAAACCCCUUCCAACCCAACCGGGAUGGAAAGGAGAUACGGGAUUCCCCAGGGUGAAGCGCUGGAUAUUUACCAGAUAAUCGAAUUCACCAAAGGCUCCUUGGAAAGAGAAAGCCAGCCUGGACUGUAGCUCUGCUUCCAUGGGGCAGUGCAAGCUUUCUGCACAGUGAGUCCGAUGGGAUAAGAGGACAGCAGAAGCCCCCAAAGCUCACAUUAACUCAGGCAUUUUUUUUCCUUUUCUUCUUGGCUGGCUCGUUGUUCUGUUCCUCUUGCUCUGAAGCAGUGCCCUAGAGAAGGGGAGCCAAAUCAUGCUCUCAUGUGAUAAGAAAUUAAAAAAAAGUCCAUUAUCUUCUCA